GACAAGUCGGCCUACCUGAUGGGGCUGAACUCGGCCGAUCUUCUCAAGGGGUUGUGCCACCCCCGGGUGAAGGUGGGCAACGAGUACGUCACCAAGGGGCAGAACGUCCAGCAGGUGAUUUACGCCGUCGGGGCCUUGGCCAAGGCCGUCUACGAGAAGAUGUUCAACUGGAUGGUGACCAGGAUCAACAACUCGCUGGAGACCAAGCAGCCGCGGCAGUACUUCAUCGGCGUGCUGGACAUCGCCGGCUUCGAGAUCUUCGACUUCAACAGCUUCGAGCAGCUCUGCAUCAACUUCACCAACGAGAAGCUGCAGCAGUUCUUCAACCACCACAUGUUCGUGCUGGAGCAGGAGGAGUACAAGAAGGAGGGGAUCGAGUGGGAGUUCAUCGACUUCGGCAUGGACCUCCAGGCCUGCAUCGACCUCAUCGAGAAGCCCAUGGGGAUCAUGUCCAUCCUGGAGGAGGAGUGCAUGUUCCCCAAGGCCACGGACAUGACCUUCAAGGCCAAGCUCUUCGAUAAUCACCUGGGCAAGUCGGCCAACUUUGGGAAGCCGCGCAACAUCAAAGGGAAGCCGGAGGCCCACUUCGCCCUCAUCCACUACGCCGGCACGGUGGACUACAACAUCAUCGGGUGGCUGCAGAAGAACAAGGACCCCCUCAACGAGACGGUGGUGGGGCUCUACCAGAAAUCGGCCCUCAAGCUCUUGGCCAACCUCUUCGCCAACUACGCCGGGGCAGAUGCGCCCAUGGAGAAGGGGAAGGGGUCCAAGAAGAAAGGUUCCUCCUUCCAGACGGUCUCCGCCCUGCACCGGGAGAACCUCAACAAGCUGAUGACCAACCUGCGGUCCACCCACCCCCACUUCGUCCGCUGCAUCAUCCCCAACGAGACCAAGUCUCCCGCACCCGCCGCCCCAACGCAGGAGCAGGACAACCUCAACGACGCCGAGGAGCGCUGCGACCAGCUGAUCAAGAACAAGAUCCAGCUGGAGGCCAAGGCGAAGGAGCUGACGGAGCGGCUGGAGGACGAGGAGGAGAUGAACGCCGAGCUGACGGCCAAGAAGAGGAAGCUGGAGGACGAGUGCUCGGAGCUGAAGAAGGACAUCGAUGACCUGGAGCUGACUCUGGCCAAGGUGGAGAAGGAGAAACACGCCACCGAGAACAAGGUCAAGAACCUCACAGAGGAGAUGGCCGGGCUGGACGAGACCAUCGCCAAGCUGACGAAGGAGAAGAAGGCCCUGCAAGAAGCUCACCAGCAAGCGCUGGAUGACCUGCAGGCGGAGGAAGACAAGGUCAACACCUUGACGAAGGCCAAAGCCAAGCUGGAACAGCAGGCGGACGACCUGGAGAGCUCGCUGGAGCAGGAGAAGAAGGUCCGGAUGGACCUGGAACGGGCCAAGAGGAAGCUGGAAGGCGACUUGAAGCUGAACCAGGAGAACAUCAUGGAUCUGGAGAACGACAAGCAGCAGCUGGAGGAGAAGCUCAAGAAGAAAGAGUUUGAGAUCCACCAGCAGAACAGCAAGAUCGAGGACGAGCAGGCGCUGGCCCUGCAGCUCCAGAAGAAGCUGAAAGAGCUGCAGGUGAGGGAUCUAGCCAAGAACGCGCUGGCCCACGCCCUCCAGUCGGCCCGGCACGACUGCGACCUGCUGCGGGAGCAGUACGAGGAGGAGACGGAGGCCAAGGCCGAGCUCCAGCGGUCGCUCUCCAAGGCCAACUCCGAGGUGGCGCAGUGGAGGACCAAGUACGAGACGGACGCCAUCCAGCGCACCGAGGAGCUGGAGGAGGCCAAGAAGAAGCUGGCCCAGCGGCUGCAGGAGGCCGAGGAGGCGGUGGAGGCGGUCAACGCCAAGUGCUCCUCCCUGGAGAAGACCAAGCACCGGCUGCAGAACGAGAUCGAGGACCUGAUGGCGGACCUGGAGCGGUCGAACGCGGCGGCCGCCGCCCUGGACAAGAAGCAGAGGAACUUCGACAAGAUCUUGUCCGAGUGGAAGCAGAAGUUCGAGGAGUCGCAGACGGAGCUGGAGGCGUCGCAGAAGGAGGCCAGGGCCCUCAGCACCGAGCUCUUCAAGCUGAAGAACGCCUACGAGGAGUCGCUCGAGCACCUGGAGACCUUCAAGAGGGAGAACAAGAACCUCCAAGGUGAGACCACGGCGCCCCUCUGCCCACCGAACACCAGCCUCAUCAACCAGAAGAAGAAGAUGGAGGCCGACGUCUCCCAGCUGCAGACGGAGGUGGAAGAGGCCAUCCAGGAGUGCAGGAACGCCGAGGAGAAGGCCAAGAAGGCCAUCACCGACGCGGCCAUGAUGGCGGAGGAGCUGAAGAAGGAGCAGGACACCAGCGCCCACCUGGAGCGGAUGAAGAAGAACAUGGAGCAGACCAUCAAGGACCUGCAGCUGCGGCUGGACGAGGCCGAGCAGUUGGCCCUCAAGGGGGGCAAGAAGCAGCUGCAGAAGCUGGAGGCCCGCGUGAGGGAGCUGGAGAACGAGCUGGAGGCCGAGCAGAAGCGCAACGCCGAGAGCGUCAAGGGCCUCCGCAAGUCCGAGCGGCGCGUCAAGGAGCUCAGCUACCAG